AUGGAAACAGGAGGCAGAAGAAUGUCCCAAGAGAUUGUGACUUUGCAGGUCACUCUACAGAUGGAGGACACCCGCAGAGCUGAAAAGGCCAGGGCCAAAUGCUUCGGAGUCAAUUCACCCGAAAGCAGCGCACCAAUAAAGGUCAACACUGGGUUGCUGAGGCACAUGUCCCGCAGCUGGAAGAUAGCUGUCAGUCAGCUGCAGCGGUGCACAGGGGAGUGUGGGAGAGAAGGGCUCUACAGGAGGAACUGCCCCAUCCUCCUGCCUCCCCCCAGGUCUCACCCACCUCCUCACUCUGUCUGUGGAGCUUAA